CUCCGCCUCCCACACAGGCCGCUGCUCGGCGAUGAGGAUGCUUCUCGCCGACCAGGCUCAGGACUGGACCGAGGAGGUCAUCACGAUGGAGCAGUGGACGGACGGAGCCUUAAAGAAGUCCUGCGUUUUCGGCCAGCUGCCCAAAUUUAAAGAUGACCACUUCGUGCUGUUCCAGUCCAAUGCCAUUCUCCGCCACUUGGCCCGCAAACAUGAUUUGUACGGGAUGGACAACAAGGAGGCCGCACUGCUGGACAUGACUAAUGACGGAGUCGAGGACCUGAGGAUGAAGUACGCCAUACUCAUCUACAAAGAAUAUGAGACUGGGAAAGAUGCUUUCAUCAAGAACAUCCCAGCGGAACUGAAGCCUUUCGAAAACAUACUGGCCAAAAAUAAUGGAGGGAAGGAUUUUCUCGUGGGGAAAAAGAUCUCUUACGCUGAUUAUAACCUGGUUGAUCUGCUCUCUAACCUCGAGGUGCUGUCUCCGGGUUGCCUGAAUGUCACCCCCCUGCUCAAGGCCUACGUGGACCGUGUCCUCUCCAGGCCUAAACUCAAGGCUUACCUGGAAUCCGACGCUCACAAAAAACUCCCCAUCAACGGGAAUGGGAAGCAGUGAGCGCGAGGGAGAGGCCCAGGCCCCCAGAACCAGGCCCAGCUAGGCCUCACCGACCUUCGACCCCCCACCCCCCCCCCUUCCACUGGAUAGCUUGACGUCUCGCUCGUUGUCACGGCGACUGAAAUAAAGCCGGCGCUGGCGUAAACCAGG